AAUGUUGGUGUUGUCAGACUGACAGGCCUCUUUAACUUUGACAACACCACAAGAUUUGUUGUUUGUUGUGACUUCUCCGCUCUCUGUGCCGUGAUGUGAUCGAUAAAGGGCACAAUUCUCUGAUAAUUCUGCUUCUUACCUCCAAAGAAUCGCAUAAUUAACGUGUUUCAGCUGAGAUAUUGAUGAAAACUAGAACAAUCGCAGUUUCAUAACCUCAACUUUCCUGAUAGUUGCACCAACUGCAGUAGAAGACAUGGAUCGCCAUCUCGACUUUCAAGACAUUCCCCACGGGACGAUGCAGACGUCCGCUUUACUAGAUAUUGAGUCUGACUCUGAAAUGACAUCCAGCCAAACAAAGAUGACAGAAAAUCCUUUAGAAGAAAGUAUUGGAGCAUCUAGUCAGAAAACUCAGUUUUGGUCAUUCGGUUUCUUUCAAAACCUCUUUGACGUAGACACUGAUCAAGUUUUGAGUCGUCUCUAUGGAGCAGUUGUCCCAUAUCCCAAGAGUUUCUUACAGCAUCAUGUCAACGGGAAGCCAGACUUGUAUGGUCCAUUUUGGAUUUGUACAACCUUAGUUUUUUCAAUUGCCAUAAGUGGAAAUCUUGCCAACUAUCUACAAGCUGCUGGGGAUGUAGACUAUCAUUGGAAAUAUGACUUUCAUGCUGUGACAUUUUCUGCCACUGCUAUAUAUAGUUAUGCGUGGAUCGUACCCCUUGGCCUAUGGGGCGUGCUCCAAUGGAUGGUUCCAGAAGAGCAUCGCCUCUCCUUCCUUGAUCUGCUGUGCCUCUAUGGAUACUCACUGACAAUCUACAUCCCUGUGUCAGUAUUUUGGGUGAUUCAACUAUCAUGGCUUCAAUGGCUCCUAGCAUUGACUGGGGCUAGUCUUUCUGCUACUGUCUUAGUCACCUCAAUUUGGCCAGCUGUUUCUCAAAUACAGACGCAACGUUAUGUAGUUUUAGGUGUUGUUCUGGUGCUACAUGUAGUUUUGGCAGCAGGAUUUAUGUUAUACUUUUUCCAUGCAUCUCCUGUAAGUGAGAAAACUGUUGCAGAAACAGUUACCUCAGUCCUAGUGAACAAUUCAUCAAAAAGCAAUAGCACAGUUAGUGUGUAGAAAUUAUUUUAACUUUCCUUUCUGAAACCUGUAUUCCAUUGAUAAAAUUUGAUUCUAGGAUAUUAAAGAAAAUUUUAGAUUUGACAUCCACUUUUAUUACUUCCAUUUUAAUAUUGCCAGUUAUGUAAACCUUUCAACUACUGUGGUUGGAAAAUUGAUUAAAAUACUUUAACACAAUUAUUGUAAAAUUGAAAUGAAAUACAUAUGAUUAAGUAUUUUA